AUGGACAAGAGUAGCACAAUUCGCGGUGCUCGCGGUCGUUUUGCGACGUUCGCGUUCCUGGCCGUUGUCGGCCUCGUCGUCGCCGGGGCGUCCGUGAUCGAACGAGAACGACGGGAUUUCGUGAUACCAGACUGGAUCGAGAUCGUCGACGAGCCCGUCGCGGAGACCUCCAAGACCAUUCAAAGGGCGGUCAGGGUCAGGGACUCGAAGGUGACCUACGAUGGCGCACAGGUGUGGAAGAUCCGCGCUCCCGAGGGACAAACGGUGUCCAGCGUCGCCGUCGACUUCCAGGAAGCUGGACUAUUGUCUCUUUGGGUCGGAAACGACACGGCGAUCGACGUAAUGGUACGCUCGGAAGAAAUCCCCAGAGUCGCUCGAUAUUUGAAACAAAAGGACUUGGAAUACCAGGUAGUCAUCGACGACUUACAGAAACAAAUAGACGAAGAGAACAACAUACUCUCCGAGGAGGAGAUGUUGGAGCUGGAAGGCCGGAAAGGUCAUCGAAUGGAGUGGUCCAGUUAUCAUCGUCUCGAGGACAUCCAUACCUAUCUCGAUUAUCUCGCGGAGACUUUCCCUGAUGUUUGUUCCGUCGUCAGCAUCGGCAACUCGGUCGAAGGAAGGCCCCUUAAGGUUCUAAGGAUCAGUAACGGGAAUCAAAAUGCGCCCGCUGUGUGGAUCGACGGUGGAAUCCACGCCAGAGAAUGGAUCUCACCGGCGGCUGUCACUUACAUCAUCGACUAUCUGGUUGAAAAUAGCGAAAAUCUCGAGACCGAUUUCUACAUUUUACCAGUUGCCAAUCCCGACGGAUACGAGUACACUUUCGUCAGAGAUCGUCUGUGGCGGAAGAACAGAAAACGCGCGAUAGGCAGCUCGUGCACCGGCGUCGACCUGAAUAGGAACUUUGGUUAUCGUUGGGGCGGCAUGGGGACCAGCAAAGAUCCGUGUCGCGAAAUUUACGCGGGCUCCGGACCAUUCUCUGAACCCGAGACCAACGCCAUUAAGAACUUCUUCGAAGCCAGCGCCGCCAAUUUCAAAGCAUACCUGUCGUUCCACAGCUACGGUCAGUUCAUCCUGUACCCAUGGGGUUACGAUAAACGCGUUCCGCCUGAUUACGCCGAUCUCGAGAAGGUAGGCAGACAGAUGUCCUCAGAGAUGAGGAAAGCGGGAGGUGCCAACAGCGGUUACACGGUCGGAAACAGCGCUACCACUUUGUACGCGGCUUCCGGCGGAUCCGACGAUUGGGCCAAGGCGAUACUCAAGAUGAAGUACUCGUUCACGGUCGAACUGAGGGACACUGGGAAACACGGCUUCGUCUUACCCUCGCGUUACAUCAUCCCUACCUCGAAGGAAGCUCUGGCUGCUGUAUUGGUCGUCGCGGAUGCUUGCAAAUCCUUGUAA